AUUUGACCUAAAUAAUAAUAAAUUAUAUUUUAAAGUAUUCCAAAAGAUAAUUUAUGUUUGCUUCACGGUCGAGUUACCGCUGACUUUGUCAGGCAGCCUGCUCAGCAGCGGACUCGAUGGCGCUGCACUGCCUGCCUUGCAGCAGCAGCGCGUUGUGGGUGCUGACGGCGGCGUUCGUGUUGCUGUCUGUGCCGACUUCCUACAUUCUACCAAAUAACUCAUUACAAGAUGGUAUUGCCGUAAGAGAGAAUGGUGCACUAGAUGGAUCACCGGAGAAUUCCUUCACGGUUGAUUUUUUUCAAUCGUAUUACCAAUCUGCAGAUCUUGUCCCACAUAUUAUAAUGCUUGUCAUCGGCAUAAUUGUUUACCUUUUCGAGUGGAUACACAGAAAACUAAUGGAGAGAAGGAUACUUAAGCUCCGUACAUUCCUGGGCGCGUCGCUGGAGCGUCUCCGCGAGGCGGACGCGCGGCGCGAGCAGCACGAAGGCACGCUGAAGCUCGCGCGCGCCGCCUCCGCCGAGUACAACCUGCUUCUGUUCCUGCUGCUGCGCGCGGGAGACGGCGACGAUGACAAGCUGCAACUCUGGCCUCGGAGAACAUCCAUCCUUUGCCAGGACACUUUCUGCUGAGAGGGACAGAGAAAGGAAUGUUUUUUCGCUGUCCUUUAUAGC